AUGCCGCCACUCCACAUUCUCCCCGGCGCCAUCCCCUUCCCCAAUCCCCUUCUCCGCCCCCCUUACAAAACCCUAACCCCCCAACCCCGUCCCCCUUCCGCCCCCCUCCAGUGGAACCGGAAGCCCGAGCUCUCGGGCACCACCCCGCGCGUUACCGUCAUCACCUCCGGAAAGGGCGGCGUGGGCAAGACAACCACCACGGCCAACAUCGGCCUUUCCCUCGCCCGCUUUGGCUUCUCGGUGGUCGCCAUCGACGCCGAUGUGGGCCUCCGCAACCUCGACCUCCUCCUCGGCCUCGAGAACCGCGUUAACUACACCGUCAUCGAGGUCCUCAAUGGCGACUGUCGCUUAGACCAAGCCCUCGUCCGCGACAAGCGCUGGUCCAACUUUGAGCUCCUCUGCAUCUCCAAGCCUCGCUCCAAGCUCCCCCUCGGCUUCGGCGGCAAGGCCCUCACGUGGCUCGUCGACGCGCUCAAGGCGCGUCCCGGUGGAUCCCCCGACUUCAUCCUCAUUGACUGCCCCGCCGGCAUCGAUGCCGGCUUCAUCACCGCCAUCACACCCGCCAACGAGGCCGUCCUCAUCACCACGCCCGACAUCACAAGCCUCCGCGACGCCGACCGCGUCACUGGCCUCCUCGAGUGCGACGGCAUCAGGGACAUCAAGAUGGUCGUGAACCGGGUUCGCACCGACAUGAUUAAGGGCGAGGACAUGAUGUCGGUGUUGGAUGUGCAAGAGAUGCUAGGCUUACCUCUUCUUGGGGUUAUCCCUGAGGACAGUGAGGUUAUCAGAAGCACCAAUAGAGGGUACCCUCUUGUGCUCAACAAGCCUCCAACUUUGGCUGGCUUGGCCUUUGAGCAAGCCGCGUGGAGGCUCGUGGAGCAGGAUAGUAUGCAGGCCGUGGUGGUCGAGGAGCAACCUAAACGUGGGUUCUUCUCCUUUUUUGGUGGGUAG